GCGUGAGGAUCCAAGAUGUCUGCGCCCAUGUAACGCUGGUGGCCGACGUUGACUUCUUCCUCUGCUCUGGGACCCUGUGGUACUGGGCUGACUCAGAGGACUAUGCUGGGCCGGACUCUCCGAGAAGUUUCUUCAGCCCUGAAGCAGGGCCACAUUACACCAACAGAGCUCUGCAAGAAAUGUCUCUCCCUCAUCAAGAAAACCAAGUAUCUAAAUGCUUACAUUACCGUUUCAGAAGAGCUGGCUUUAAAGCAAGCUGAAGAAUCGGAGAAAAGGUACAAGCAAGGUCAGUCUCUUGGAGAUUUGGAUGGAAUCCCUGUUGCUGUAAAAGACAACUUCAGCACGUCUGGCAUUGAGACAACAUGCGCAUCAAAUAUGUUAAAAGGUUAUUUACCGCCUUACAAUGCCACAGUCGUUCAGAGGCUGUUGGAUCAGGGAGCGCUGCUCAUGGGGAAAACAAAUCUGGAUGAGUUUGCCAUGGGAUCUGGAAGCACAGAUGGCGUGUUUGGACCAGUUAAAAACCCCUGGACAUAUUCAAAGCAGUACAGAGAAAGAAGCCGGCACGACGCACACGGGGAUUCACACUGGCUCAUAACUGGAGGAAGCUCGGGCGGCAGCGCAGCAGCUGUGGCGGCGUUCACGUGCUUUGCGGCUCUGGGGUCGGACACUGGCGGAUCCACCAGGAACCCUGCUGCCCAUUGCGGGACCGUUGGUUUCAAACCAAGCUAUGGCUUAGUUUCCCGACACGGCCUUAUUCCCCUGGUGAAUUCAAUGGAUGUGCCGGGAAUCUUCACCAGAUGCGUGGACGAUACAGCAAUUGUGCUAGGUGUGCUGGCUGGACAUGAUCCCAAAGAUUCCACCACAGUAAACGACCCUGUUAAGCCAACCACGCUUCCCAGCGCGCCGGAUGUGAGCGGACUGUGUAUCGGAAUUCCGAAGGAAUAUCUAGUACCAGAAUUGUCAAGUGAGAUACGGUCUCUCUGGUCCCAAGCUGCUGACCUCUUUGAGGCUGAAGGAGCCAGAGUGGUUGAGGUGUCUCUGCCACACACCUGCUACUCCAUCGUCUGCUACCACGUACUGUGCACAUCAGAAGUAGCAUCGAAUAUGGCGAGAUUUGACGGGCUACAGUACGGUCACAGGUCUGCUGUUGAUAUGUCGUCUACUGAAGCCCUGUAUGCGGCUACCAGACAGGAAGGGUUCAAUGAUGUGGUGAAAGGAAGAAUUCUCUCGGGAAACUUUUUCUUACUAAAAGAAAAUUAUGAGAAUUAUUUUGUCAAGGCACAGAAAGUGAGGCGUCUCAUUGUGAAUGAUUUCGUGAAUGUUUUUGGCUCUGGGGUGGAUGUCCUGCUGACGCCCACCACCCUGACUCAGGCAGUGCCAUACUUGGAGUUCAUCAAAGAAGACAACAGGACACGCAGUGCCCAGGACGACAUUUUCACGCAGGCUGUGAACAUGGCAGGCCUGCCAGCAGUGAAUGUCCCUGUGGCCCUCUCAAGCCAAGGGCUGCCAAUAGGACUGCAGCUAAUUGGACGCGCAUUCUGUGACCAGCAGCUUCUGACAGUUGCCAAGUGGUUUGAAAAACAAGUACAGUUUCCUGUUAUUCAACUGCAGGACCUCAUGGACGAUGGCUCCUUGGUUCCUGAGAAUGGAAAAUUAACUUCUGCUUCUCUAACCCAGUAAUGAUCAGAAUAACGUGCAAGUGGCUGGUGGUAGGAGGCUGGGGAUCCUGCCUGGGCCUCAGGCUUGCUAGGCAAGCCCCCUGCCACGGGACAGAAUCCCCACCUCCCCACCGUGCAGUUAGAUUGACGCCAAGAAGUGCUGUUCUCCAGAGUGUCAGUGACCAGGUUCACCGCCAACCCCGUCUGUCCUGGGAAUCACGUCCUCAAAUCCCUGAGAUGCUGUUAACUGGAAUAUUCUUUACAUUGUAUAUUGUAAUUGUAAAAUUCUAUAUUAAAAUGUUCUAUAAAUGCAA